CUCCUUCUCCUCCUUCUCCUCCUGGAUCUGUGCUCCAUCCAGCGGAGCUGCGGGCGAAGGAGCGCCGGUAAACGAUGAGAAUCGAGGCGACGGACCCGUUUGAGGACUAAAUGUGGGACUGGAACCAUCAGGCUCACUUCCACUGUUGACCUGAAGAAGACAGUGGGACCGUGAGAGCGAGAGACAGGAAAAAAACUGAAGUGUACAACAGGUGGUCUGGCUCCAUGUCUGCUCCUGCUUCAGCCAAUCGGAGGUCUGCAACGGGCUCUCGCAGGUUUGACUACUGCAGGUUCAUAGAGCUAGACUACAUUCCCAUGGAGACAGGGUAUAUGGUCUCAAUGCGUCCAACUAAAGCCUUUACAUCUUCCAAGUCGCCAACGAAAGGAUUCACGUCCACCAAGUCUCCAGACCGCCACAGUCAUUCAGCAAACUCUCCCUCCACCCCUCGUUCUCGGCGCGUGCCGGCCCCGCCCAGUAAUAGAGAUCCCCAUGGCAACACCUCUGUCAGCAGCAGCAGCCAGUCAGGCUCUUGCAAAGGAAGCGACUGCAGCCCAACCAAAGGGCGCCAGCAGAAAUAUACAUCAUGCACAGACAACCAUGGUAUCAGGCCCCCUCCACCAGAACAAUACCUCACACCCCUGCAACAGAAGGAGGUGUGUAUCCGACACCUACGGGCCAGGCUAAAAGAAACCAUCGACACACUACAAGACAGGGACACAGAGAUAGAUGAGCUGAGAGGCCAACUAUACAGGAUGCAGGAGGACUGGGUAGAAGAAGAGUGUCAUCGUGUCGAGGCUCAGCUGGUCCUGAAGGAGGCGCGUCAAGAGAUCCAGCAGCUCAAACAGGCUGUGGACACUGUACGUAGCAGACUCAGUGAAGCUGGGGACAUCAGUGGGGACAUAGGGGUCCAAAAGUACUUCCAGGACAUCAACAGCCAGAACACAAAACUUGAGAAUCUGUUGCUCAACAUGGAGCUAGCCCAGACUGGAUUAGCCAAAGAAGGGAAGCUCGCGCAGGCUGUCGGACCUGUGUUGGGGGGUUCAGCACCAGCAUCUGUAUCAGGAGAAAGUCCUGGGGUAAUACCAAAACCAGCUGUAGGAGUGAAGGGAUCAUGCUCCUGUGAUGCAUCUCCUGCAAGAUCUUUGACCCGGAGCUCCACCUACACCAAGUUGAGCGACCAGGCAAUGGCAGACCAGAACGGGUCGGACUUUCCUUGUCUGUCAGGUGAUGGAACCCAUGACAGCGGCUUUGUCUGCUGUGGGGAAAACAGCGUCCCCAGCCGAGCCGACCUGCUGCUUGAGGCUGCCUUCCUUUCUGAAGAAACUGCAUCUUUACUCAGUCCUACACACAGACGUUUUCCCCAUUCUCUUACAACUCUCUGCCUCACACCUUCUCCCACACCUUACCUCAUAGUUUUCCUCACAAGUGUCCCACUCUGUCCCGCUGUCCCACUCUUUGCCUCACGCCUCCACCUAUGAGAGCUGUGCACCGGGCGAAAACGAACGGCACCUUUUUGCUGCGGCCUCAGUGGAUUGGGCUGCAUGAGCCACCCCUGCCUGUCCCACCAUCAUCUCUACCUGCACUCUCUACGGGAGACAGGUAUUCAGACUGAAAGCUGCCCCAUUCCUGCAACAGCAGAUUACCCUUCUGACCUGGAUACCAUUGCAGAGCAACGCACUUUCCGCUCCCAGGCUUGCAGCCCCACAUCCACAUGGAUGUCUGAUGAGGGGGAGGAGGAGCUGGACUCGAUCACGACCACCACUUCCAUAACUACAGCCACAGUCAUGAGUACAGCCACAGAGCCCAUCUCCUUCUCUAAGACCCCUCUGGUUGCACCUUUACCACGUUCCGCCACUGUGGCAUUCUCAAUGGUGAGUCCUCUGUGCGAGGGAGGAGAGGAAGAUGAAAAGCAAGAGAGAGAGAAAAAUCAACGCCGCUGGAGAAUCAGGCAGCAGGAUCUUUCACAGAAGAGGCAGAAAAAUCACAGCAGAUGCCGUGUCACUGUGGAAAAGAAUAAAGUCCAAAGUCAGAGUCCUGCAGAGGAAUCAAGAAAAUCAUGUGAUUCAGCAGAACCAACGUCAUCAAUGCAAAGAGGAGAGACUGCAGAUGGACCUACAGGCAACAUGCCAGUUGAGAACCUCAGCGGGGAAGCGUCGCAGCAACAUGUUGGUAUGUUAGGAUCAACCCAGAUAGAGAUGGCAGAUUUCAGGCCAGGAUUAUCACCAGGUAUGGAAAAGCCUCACACCUCUCAGCCAAGGAGAUCUACCUCCCCUGAGGAGAUCGCUGGGGUCACUGUUGUGGAGGUGCUUGAUAAUGAGAUUGAUGGAGACGACACUAAAGAACAAGGUGCCACCGGGAAUGCUGCAGCAGGGGAUGGAGACCCCUCGUCCACGUCCGACUCUGGAUCAGUUGAAAAAAGCUACUGGAGUCGUCACUUCCUAGUCGACCUCCUGGCAUUGGCUAUCCCUGUGGUGCCAACGGUGGCGUGGCUGUGCCGUGGUCCAGUUCGUGAUGGACAGCCUAUGUAUCAUAUAGGGUCACUGCUGCGGGGCUGCUGCACUGUGGCAUUGCACUCGCUGCGUAGAGGAGGUGGAAUGAGACAUUACCCCGCGGGCGGGGGAGACCUGGGUGGAUCACAGAUAUGAAGAGAAUCGUUCACCAUGCAGGAUCUGUGGUCCUUUGCUGUGACCCUUUGGCCUGUAAUGUGGUUCAGGGUUGUUAUUGGAUCUGCUUUUGUUGUGAGGAGAGAAAAUGAUUUCACAGUUCAUUAUUUAAGGGAAGCAUCAGGGUCGGGGUGUCUGCAUCUGAAACAUGAUUUGUAAGUCAUAAAGUUCUUAUGGUCAGGCUCUUAUACUGUGCUCAACAUGUAAUGGCAACUCAGAAUGUCUGAC